AUGUGCCAAGGACAAGGCGCAGCCGUCCAGGAUGAUCUCGCAGGACGUGUUAGUCCCGCUGCAUUCCUGAGCCAAGAUAGCAAUGGCAAACCUACCUUGGGAAUAUUUCUGCUCAGUGAUUAUGACGACCGCAAAGGCUUUGAUCUAAAAAACCUUCUGGACUUCAUGAUCAAAUCCGGUACUACCCGGCCAUUUGAGGAGACGAAUGCCAGGUCUGCUAUUCUACCACUUUUCGCUAGUAUCGUAUCCAACGAGGUACUUUCUGCGCCAUGGAUUCCUCUCGGCACUAUCCAAAACAUUCUUUAUCUAACUAGAUACUGGCCCACUGCCUCUGAAGCCGAAGUCUCCGUUGAUAUCGUGAAAUCGUUCAUCAGGGAGGUAGCCAACAACGGCAAGAACGUGGGUUCUGCCGAUAUCAUCCACCUGGUUCUAGACCAUGGCAUGAAUAUCUACCGAUGGACUGAUGGUGUCUCUUUUUUGAAACAUACAUGCGCAUGGCUUCACUGUGAUGACAUCAAUCGGUCGGAAAGGCGGGUUUUCACGGGUAUUCCCAACCACGCAGAUGACGCGAAGCUGAACGCUUUGCAUACAUUGGAGCACGUUCUACUAAAUGUGACAACGAUGGAGAGUAUAUCAUCAGGGACAUGUUGGAUGAAAGAGGAGCUUGUGACAACAGGUGCGAAUCCCGAUGUGGAUUCGGCGCGUGUUUGGCACCAACUGAGAUCCUCGGUGGAGACCACCAACACGCUCCUACAUUUGGAGGCAAAUAAUAUCUCGUGGCUCAGACUAUGGCACAGACUGCUACGACAAGGGGGACGUUGGUUACUUGAAAAGCCUGCUCAAGCAGGUUCAAGCCAAAUCGCUGCCCUUGCACUGGAGAGCAACUUGCACUCUGAGGGCCAUGGAAGUUGGGGAGAAGUCUUUUCACAGGGUUAUUUGUUUGCACCUGGCCUCAUGCGAUUGUAG